AUUAUUUCAUUAAUCCAUGAAGUUUCAGCUAUAAAAGCCAUGGAGAGAUGAACGGAUAUUCAUUCCUUUAUUUAAUACUAAAGAGUUUUAAGCAGAAUGAAGGCUGUUAUUCUGUGCUGCAUUGUAUCUUUGGUACAUUGCUACGUUCCACAUCCGAUUGCCUAUGGCGCAUCACGAUGCUUCAAUUUGUGGGAUGAAGGAUGCAUCAACGGACAAAUUGCAGGAGCAGGUGGUGAUGACGAAUACCUAAAUGGUGGCUUCAAUCCCGGCAAACGGUGUGUGAACAUGUGGGAUGAGGGAUGCAUUAACGGACAACUCAACGGAGCUGGAAAUGACGACUAUUUCCUCAAUGGCGGAUUCAAUCCGGGCCGCAAGCGUUGCGUCAACAUGUGGGACGAGGGCUGCAUCAAUGGACAACUGAACGGAGCAGGUAAUGAUGACGAUUAUUUGAACGGUGGUUUCAACCCUGGAAAACGAUCGCUACACAUUUUCCCGAAAAACAUGCGCAAGCUUCAACCCAAAAUGGAAUAAUGAAACAGUUACCUUCCACACAAGGACUUCACAUCUUUAAGUUCCUACAACCUGCUUUUAUAUUUAAUUUGGCGUUGAUAUAAUUUGAAAUUGGAACACCAGCUAAUUUCCUCUCUGUUUUUUCUGUUUUCAAAAUAAAUUGGUACACAUUUAUUCA